GCUGCCAGUGACCUGACUGUAUCAGUAGCAUCGACUCACGGUGCUAGGAUCGGAACACUGCCCCGAGGGCUCCGUUCGGCGCGCAGCAGUGCAGCCUCGGCACUCCCCAGAAACUCCAAACAGCAAAAUGCAGGUGGUGCUCCUUCUCUGUUUGGCGACACUGGUCACCGCUAGAGGCUUCUCCGCACCUGGAAGCUACGGCGCGGCGGGCUACGGAGCCUCCGGCAGCUUCGGAGCCCACUACGGCAGCGGCGGGUCGAGUGUCAACGUCUACGGGAAGCCGGUCAACAUCUUCACACAGAGCGCGCUGCUGUUGCCUGCCUACGGCAACUUCGGUGGCUCGAGCAGCAUCGUAGGAUUCCUCGGGGGCUACAAUAGUCAGGGAGGCGGCUACCUCGGAGGCUAUGCAGGCUACGGAAGUAAAUAUCAGGGCGGUAGCUUUGGAAGUGGAUCCACUGCCGGCUACAGUGGAUUGGGAAGCAAUUCACUCGAUGGGUUCGGUGGAUAUGGAAGCAGCUCUUUGAGCGGUUUCGGUGGUUUUGGGAGCAGCUCUGUUGGUUACAGUGGAUUAGGAUCAAGCUCGGUCGGCUACGGUGGAUUUGGAAGCAGCUCUCUGGGCAGCUACGGUGGAUUUGGAAGCAGCUCUCUCGGCAGCUACGGUGGAUUUGGAAGCAGCUCUCUGGGCAGCUAUGGUGGAUUUGUAAGUUCUCUGGGAAGCUACGGGGGUUAUGGAAGCGGAUCUACUGGCGGUUACUCCGGACAUGGAAGUGGAUCUCUGAGCGGUUUCGGUGGUUAUGGAAGCAGCUCUCUUGGCUACGGUGGAGUUGGAAGCAGCUCUCUGGGCAGCCACGGUGGAUUUGGAAGUGGAUCUAUUGGCGGUUACUCCGGAUAUGGAAGUGGAUCUCUGAGCGGUUUCGGUGGAUUUGGAAGCAGCUCUCUUGGCUACGGUAGAUUUGGAAGUAGCUCUCUGGCCGGUUACGGUGGAUUUGGAAGCAGCUCCUUGAGUGGCUCUCUCGGAGGACUAUCGGGAGGCUACCACAGCGUUAUCGGAGGCGUGUCCACCGUAAAACCCGCAGGUACGCCUGUCAACGUCCUCACUCAGACCGCACAUCUGGCCCCCAUUUACGGAUAUCUCGGAGGCUACAAUGGCUUCGGAGGCAACUACGGGGCCUACAGCUCGGGAGGUUUUGGCGGGCUGGCGAAUACCUUCCUUGGAGGCCACAGCGAAGGUUUCAGUGGCUCAUCGGGCUAUGGUGGCCAGGUGAGCGGCUCCCUGAACGGCUACGGCGGAGUUGGAAGCAGCUACGGUGGAUAUGGAACCGGAUCUCUUGCCUACGGUGGAUAUGGAGGCGGAUCUCUGGGCAGCUACGGUGGAACCAGCGGUAUUGUCGGCAGUAGCGGAUUUGGAAGCAGCUCUGUCGGUGGCUACAGUGGGCAUGGAACCGGAUCUCUGGGCAGCUACGGUGAGCAUGGAAGCAGCUCUCUCGGCGUCUACGGUAGCUUCGGAAGUGGAUCUCUUGGCAGCUACGGUGGAUUUGGAGGUAGCUCUCUUGGCUACGGUGGAUUUGGAGGUAGCUCUCUUGGCUACGGUGGAUUUGGAAGCAGCUCUCUGGCCGGCAACGGUGGCAUUGGAAGUGGGUCCCUUAGCGGCUACGGUAGCUUUGGAAGUGGAUACCUUGGCGGCUACAGUGGGCUUGGAAGCAGUGCUCUUAGCUACGGUGGAUUUGGAAUUGGAUCUCUGGCCGGCUACGGCAGCUUUGGAAGUGGAUCUCUUGGCGGCGACGGUGGCUUUCAAAGCAGCUCUCUGGGCGGCUACAGUGGACAUGGAAGCAGCUCUCUUGGCUACCGCGGAUUUGUCAGCCGCCGUGAUUCCGACCGUAACACCCACCAGCGACGCUUCGCUCAGCCCCGACGGGUCUACCGGUCUCGCAAACACCCUCGGCUGAAUAAACCUCUCAGUCAGACCUCAGCGGCGCCCUCACACGUCGGCCGGGCGGCGGCCGCUCCCAGUCAGAAGCGUCGCUUUGUGGCCGCUGGUCCUCGUGUCUAA